GUAGAAAAACCGGAAGCAACAACGCGCAAAAAAAGUUCGCGGGAGAAAAUCGAGCUAUAAUAGCGAGAGGUUGCUCGUCUGCUGUCAACACAGAUAAUAACAAUCACUAAACCUAUACUGCCAUGAGUUUAUGGGUGGACAAAUACCGACCGACAUCUCUGGGAAAACUCGACUUUCAUAAAGAGCAGGCGGCUCAACUGAAAAACCUGGUAAGAGAAACAAACUCAGUUAUGCGCUAUUUAGAGGCUAACUUAGCAUUAGCUCAGAAGAACACUGAUCCAAGUUAUCUGGAGUUAAUCUUGAUUAAACAUCAUAGCAGUGUGACCAUUUUGGAGCCAAUCCAACAGUGUACCAUAAUGACCACCAGUAGUCUACUAUCUGUUUUCUCUGGCUUGUUAAUCGACUGAAACUUGCAGUCAAAAGCUUCAUAAUGUCAUGACGCAGACAGUGUCCAGAUCAGAGCCCCACAGCUAUCCUUCAAACCCGAUUGUAAAUGUUUACUGUCAUUGUUCCAGGUUCAAUGUGGAGACUUCCCGCACCUGUUGGUUUACGGUCCUUCAGGUGCGGGGAAGAAGACCCGCAUCAUGUGUCUGCUGAGAGAGCUGUAUGGAGCUGGGGUGGAGAAGCUCCGCAUAGAGCACCAAACCAUCGUGGUGAGAGCGGAUAUCCUCCAGUCUGAUAAGCAUAAAUUCAUGCUCUCAGAGCCUCAGUUACAAAGCUUUGCGUGUGUUACACUAUGUAUAAAUUUCACAUCAUAAUUUAGAUGAUUGUGACCGUGUCUGAAAAUAACACCUUUAAAAAGAUAAUGCUAAUUCAGGGGUUAUUGUUGGCCCCAGGCGUCCUUUGUUAAAGGAAUAUUCCGGUGUAAAAUUAAUUUGGGGUCAAACACACCAUAACACUGAGUUAGAUACCCCUUUGAGAGAUUAUUGUUGCCCAUCACUUUCUUCUCUAGUUAUACCAACUUUAGUAACGACCGCAUGAUAGCAAUACACUGCUGUGUGAGGAGCCAUAAACAAACCUCAACCAAAACGCCACUCUAUAGCCACAAAUAAUGCUCAGAACAGCACCUAACUUCAUCAACAGUACAUAUAGGGUCCCAGCCACAGCACUAGCCACCAAACACUCUUUCUUUGGCAAAGAGACUAAACACAACUCACCCACUCUCUUCCAACAGCCGAUUGUUUGUACAGAGACCUCAGGCCAGUCCAUUACGGACUACAGCGGGGUGACGCAGCUCAAGAAAGAACAAUAGAGUGGCAUUUUGGUUGAAGUUUGUUUAUGGCUCCUCAGACCGCUGUGUAUUGCUAUCCUGUGGUCGUUACUAAAGUUGGGGGGGGGGGGGUCUAACUCGGUGUAACUGUGUGUUUGACCCUAACUUAAAUUUACGCUGGAAUAUCCCUUUAAUGUCUCCUUACUUACUCCUGUUCGCCAAUAUUACAUUCAUGCUAUCAAUUAAGUAUAACCUCAGUAUCUGUUAGACAACCUGAUUUAUUUUAACAAUCAUACAUGAAAGAAAAUGUGUGCAGUGUGGGGUCAUUACACAGUUUUCAGGACAGACUCGCAACAUGCAGUUUGUAAAUUACAUUUCAAAAGGGAUUAAGUAAGGAAAAGUCUGAAUAAGCAUAAGUUGUUUUUGUUUUGGGUUUCUCUUCUGCAGGCCCCCUCAAAGAAGAAAAUUGAAAUCAACACAAUAGCCAGCAACUACCACUUGGAAGUUAACCCCAGGUAAAUACUACUGAACUGUAGCUGUGAGUAUUUCAUGUCAUGUUUAAGAACGUCUGUCCCCACAGACAGCAGCAGAUAUUUGUUACCUCUCAGCUCAGAUUUUAUGUUAAAAAAGGACUUAUAGUUGUGGAAUAAUCUUUGUAUUUCACUGCACAACUCUUUCAUAACACCACAUCACUACAGAGCAUUUUAAAUCUGAUUGAACUUCAGUAUAGGUUUUCUUUGUCCUACAGUGAUGCUGGAAACCAGGACCGUGUUGUGAUUCAGGAGCUGAUCAAAACUGUUGCUCAAUCCCAGCAGAUCCAGUCAAGUACCCAGAGGGAGUUCAAAGGUAGGAAAGACCGAGAGCCAGUUUAGACUUAAAAUACUAGUCCGUGUUUUAAAGCAACAAUUCCCUUCAUUAACUGUUUUUCACAUAUACCAUCCUAUUGCCACGUAGAGCCAUACUGUGGCUCUUGUAUUAAUUUUAAAUCUUUUAUUCUCAGUUGUUUUGCUGACUGAAGUGGAUCGACUCACAAAGGAUGCCCAGCAUGCUUUGCGCCGCACAAUGGAAAAAUACAUGUCCACCUGCCGCCUCAUCCUCUGCUCUACCUCAACCUCCAAAGUCAUCGGGCCAAUUAGGAGCCGUUGUCUGGCCAUCAGAGUUGCUCUGCCCAGCACAGAAGAGGCAAGAAACAGAUGAUAUGAUUUAGAUUGCAAUAAAUAGCUCAAACUUGCUGCUCACAAAUAAACUCUCUGCUGUGUUUUCCUCUUUGUCAGGUCUGCAGUGUCCUGACAUCAGUAUGUAAAAAGGAGGGUCUGCUCCUCCCACCUGAACUGGCGAAGCAAAUCUCAGAGAAGUCCGGUUGCAACCUUCGUAAAGCUCUGUUGAUGUGUGAGGCCUGCAGAGUGCAGCAGUAAGUUGUCACGUAACGUAUUAUCAUUCCUCUGCAGCGUUAUCUGUUGAUAUUUCUAGAGAAAGUAUGUGCCUGUUCAGCCCCUGCUUAUCUUUUUAAGGUAUCCAUUCUCAGCAGACCAAGACGUCCCAGAGACAGACUGGGAGGUGUAUGUCAGAGAAACGGCUAAUGCUAUUGUUAGCCAGCAGAGCCCUCAGAGGUAAGAGAGAAGAGGUUUGGCGUCUUCUAUUAGCAACAAGUUGAAGAUAAUCAGACUGUUAGGAUAUUUACAGCUGAAUCUUUGCCGCAGGUUGUUGGAGGUUCGAGCCCGGCUGUACGAGCUCCUGACUCACUGCAUUCCCCCUGACAUCAUUAUGAAGGUAAGGCUGCUAAACCUCAUCCAUCACGGUAGUACAACUAUUCACAGUAAAGAACAGGUUUUGAUUGGUGGUUUACCCCGUCUAUUCCUCUCUCAGGGUCUGGUAACUGAGCUGUUGAAUAACUGUGAUGGGCAGCUGAAGGCGGAGGUGGCACACAUGGCAGCCUUCUAUGAACACAGACUGCAGCUCGGCAACAAAGCUAUUUACCACCUCGAGGCCUUUGUCGCCAAGUUCAUGGCCAUGUACAAGAAGUUCAUGGAGGACGGACUGGACGGCAUGAUGUUCUGAAUGGACUUCAGUAUUGGCUCAUUUCCUAUCUAUAGAGUUCAACACCCCUCUUGCUGAUAGACUCUCACUUUUCCCCAACAAGACCUUCUCAACACUUUGUAGUCCACGAGGCACAGUGGUCAUAUUGACCCAACAAGCCCCAGAAUGACUCAGAGAUUUUGCAGUUUGUGACAUUUAAAGUGUGGAUUCUUACCCAAAACUGUAGCACUGUAUAUUGAUCGUGAACUUUCACUGUGGUGGUGUAAAAUACUCAAUCUUAACCGCAGUUUUGAUUGUAGAAGACAGUGUUUUCUCAUAUCAGUUUACUCUGAAGACAAGAUAUGUUCCCCUUAAAAUAUACAUGAAAAUAAAUUUCCUAGUGCUCUUCCACAAAUAUCACAGAGUCCUCGCUUUAACACUUCUCUUGAAACCUGAUAGAUUCAUCCUACCUUUUAAUAUACUAAAUAGAUUCUUUACAACAGCAAGCAUCGAAUGGAAUAUAGAAUCCAACAGGAUUCUUUAUUGUCAUUACAUUAAAAAUACAACAAUUGGAGCCCUGCUCCAGUAAGGUGCUUCAUAGCAACACAUAGUAUAUAUCAUAAAACAUAUAAGUAGGUAACACAUAAAAACAUCUGUGACACUUAUGUCUCACUAAAAGUUACCUCACAGGCCUUUUUAACAAAUUUACACAAACUGAUAUUUAGUAACAGUGAUAAAACUUUAAAUAAGAUUUUCAAACCACUUUCAUUAACCAAACUUGAUUCACUGAAAUGGUUGUAGAGGUCCCACGAUGAAGAGAUAAAAACGCAAUAAACAGUGAAAACUGAAA